AUGCGCAAGAACCUGUCCCUCCCAGGACUCCUCAGCCGCCCCAGCUACAGGACCUGCCCAGGCUCCGUCUCCUCCUCGUCCUCGUCUACAUCCCCCCUUCUGGGCCGCCUCCGCAGUCCUCGCCGGGAUGGGACCUCGCUGGGGGCGGGGCUGAGGGGCUGGAUCAGAAUAACUCGGUUAUCGGGGGGAAUCGAAUUAACUUCUUACGAGAGCGCCGAUCGGCCUGCCUUCCCGGCUGUGCGCGGAGCCGCAGGUGGGGAGGCCAGGGAAGAGCCCGCGCCCUACUCCGCAGUGCCCUACAAGUUCUUCCCAGAGCCGUCGGGCCUGCACGAGAAGCGCAAGCAGCGACGCAUCCGCACCACGUUCACCAGCGCUCAGCUCAAGGAGCUGGAGCGGGUCUUCGCCGAGACCCACUACCCGGACAUCUACACCCGCGAGGAGCUGGCGCUCAAGAUCGACCUCACGGAGGCUCGGGUGCAGGUGUGGUUCCAGAACCGCCGGGCCAAGUUCCGCAAACAGGAGCGCGCAGCCAGCGCUAAGGGUGCGGCGGGCGCGGCGGGCGCCAAAAAGGGCGAGGCGCGCUGCUCGUCCGAGGACGACGACUCCAAGGAGUCCACGUGCAGCCCCACGCCGGACAGCACCGCCUCGCUGCCGCCGCCGCCCGCGCCCGGUUGUGGCUACAACAAAAAUAUUUAUGAACAUUUCUCAAGAGGCCUUUCAGUUGGGGGUGCUUUUGGGGUGUGCCUAUUGUCCCUGUUUUGCUCGGGGGUUCUGUCCUCCUUUCACCGGAAGCCCGGCCCGGCCCUGAAGACCAAUCUCUUCUAGCCGCCGGUGUCUGGAGACUCCGAGCCUGCCCCUCCAGGACCCGACAGAGUCCCUCCCCAUCCCGGCCGCCCGCCCGGAAGUCUCCUCCGUCCCCCCUCCCCCGAUGUACGCCCCCUAGGCGCGCUCCCCAGCUUCGGAGACCAGGCCGGUCCGCUCUGAUCCUCGCCCACCCCUCCUGGCAGAGCGGGCUACUUUCCACCCGGGCGCGGGCGGACCGCCUCCAAGGGAGCCCACAGCCCCUUCCAGCUCCGCCUUCGUAGGAACCGGGAUCGAAUAGCGCGGGUCCCUAACAGUGCCCAAAGUGAGAGGGUGCCCACCGAGGGCAGCGCGGCCUCUCCCCGGCUCUGCGGCUGGCAGGACCGCGCCUUACACGAGUGCCCGAAAGGUCGCUGCCUCACCCUGGGGCCCACCUGAACUGAUCCCUGCCCCAACCCCACCGCCCGGAACAAGGGGCGACGCUGGGAUAAGAGCGGCCUGAAGGGUCCCCUCCCGUCCCCAGCAGACCUGGCGCCGACGUAGACUGCUGGAGGGGAGGGGCUGCCCGGGCACAGGACUGAGGAGUUUCCUUUUUCCCGACCUUUUUUUCUGUUCCUUUUUCUUUGAAAAACUUGUAAUUUAUUGAGGUGAGUUUUAUUCAAUCCAAAUAAAACUUAAUUUAUUGAAGACAUCACGCCAGCAACGCUCCUGAGUGCCCAGGGUGGGGACAGACUGCUUGCAAGAGCCCUGUCCCCGCUUGCGCGACAAGCGAGCGGGCACCGCGCUCCCCAGCGCAGGGUGGUGUAGACCAGGGAACAGAACUAAGCAAACGGACACUUUAUAGCUGAGAUCCUGCACCCCCGCCACCGAAUAAUAUUAAAGCGCCCUCCCUCCCCAAACCCACAGAGAAAAGCUUAAAUAAACCCGAGCCCGGUCCCCGGUCCCCGGGCUUUUCCUUCAUUUCCGGACGGACGAACAGGA